AUGAAACUACCAUCGAACUAUCAUCAAGGUAAAUCACGUCCCUUCUUCUCGCCAGUAGAGAAGCUCACAACCUUGACCUCCAAGGAUCAUUUCGUGCUUUUUGUCCUUGGAGCUUUAACAAUUUUAGUUCGAUUUUAUAAGUUACCUAUUCCUGAUGAAGUGGUUUUUGAUGAAGUUCAUUUUGGUGGAUUUAUGAAAAAUUACAAUGAAGGCAAGUUUUUCAUAGACAACCAUCCACCAUUGACAAAAUUAUGUUAUUAUUGGAUAGCUAAACUAAGUGGAUGGGAUGGGAAAUUCGCUUUCAGUUCCAUUGGAGAUCAAUUCAUAAAUGUACCAUUCAUUCAAUUAAGGUUAUUCCUGGUUAUUUUGGGCAGUUUGACUAUUCCUUUAACAUAUUUGAUCUUAAGAGCAAACCAUUGUGAUAUCAUACCUUCAAUGUUUGGAUCAAGUUUGGUACUUUUUGAAAAUUCCAUGAUUACUCAAUCGAGGUAUAUAUUUUUGGAUUCAAGUUUGAUCUGUACAACAUGCUUGACUUAUUACUUCUACAGUAAGUUUAAACAAUAUAGGCAAUUCACUUUUGAAUGGUAUAAAUUUUUAGUAUACACUGGAUUCAGUCUUGGAUUAACUAUAUCUACCAAAAUGUCAGGAUUGUUGGUAUUACUUUGGUUAGGUGUUGUAAGUUUAUUACAAAUGUGGGUGUUAUUAGGUGAUUUGAGGGUAAGUGAUUUCUCGUGGUUCAAACAUCUUGUUGCAAGGGCUAUUUGUUUGAUUUUAAUACCCUUCACUAUCUAUUGUUCAAUAUUUGCUAUACAUUUGGAUCAUUUACCUUAUUUAGGUAAAGCAGGAUUGUUAUCACCCAAUUUCAAGGCUUCAUUCAAGGACGCUGGAUGGUUAAGAAAUGAACCCGUAGAAGUAUCUUAUGGAGCUUCUGUUACCAUCAAACAUAAUGAAAUGGAAAGUUACUUACAUUCUCAUCCUUAUAAAUACAAAAAUACCAAAUUACAACAAGUAACAUUAUACGAUUCACACACUGAUUUCAGUAAUGAAUGGGAGAUUCAUCCAAAGAAUAAAAGAACCAAUGAUUGGUUAUAUGACGAGUUCAGGCCUAUCAAAGAUGGUGAUGUUGUUAGAUUAUUCCAUAAACAUACUAAGAAGUUUCUUACAGUUAAAAGAGAUGAUAGACCUCCAAUAACUGAAAAAGACUAUGCUUCACAAGUUGCUUGUAAUGGUUCCAGAGACAUGUUGGCUGAUAUAGAAUACGAUUUCAAAAUCAGAAUCUUGAACAAGAAACCUCAUUCAAAAACCAACUUGCCAAUGUUAAAAUUAAGAGCCACAGAAUCAAUAUUCCAAUUGGUCCAUCAAAGUACUGGAUGUCAUGUCAUGAGUCACGAAGGAAGAUUACCUAACUAUGGAUUUGGACAAAAUGAAGUGUUAUGUAUUAAGGAAGCCACUAUUCCUAACAGUUUAUGGUACAUCGAAAAGAACAGUCACCCUCAAAUGAAGAAACAAACCCUUGCCAAAGUUGACCUUUCAAAUUAUCCAUUUUAUAAAAAAUUCAUUGAAUAUCAUAAAAUCAUCUUCAGGUUAAAUAAUGGUUUGAUUAAACAUCAUCCAUAUGAAUCAAGACCUGAAAGUUGGCCAUUUACUAUUCAAGGUGUAGGAUAUUUCUCAAGUGAUGCUCGUCCUAAGAUUGGUAGUGAAGAAGGAAGUACUGUUUAUUAUAUUGGUAAUGUUGCUGUAUAUUAUUUUUCCAUAAUAGCUAUUGGAUUAGUUAUCUUGAAACAAGCCUUAUACUAUAUCGACCAUUUGAACCCUUUCUCGUUGGUCAAUGAAACAUGGGAAUCAACUGUUUUCUACCAAACCACGUUAGAAGCUAUAUUAGGUUUUAUCAUUAACUAUAUUCCCUAUUUCCAAAUGACUAGACAAUUAUUUUUACAUCAUUAUUUGAUAUCAUUGUAUUUCGCCAUAUUGAAUUUGACUUUUGUGGUACAUUAUUGUAAAAAGAAAGGUUGGGCUAUGAUGGUGGUGAUUAUGGGAUUAACAGGAUUUUGCUAUUAUCAAUUUUUCCCUCUUAUUUAUGGUAGUCCAUGGACUCAAUCUGGUUGUAAUUCAGCUAAAUGGUUUGAAAAUUGGGACUUUGAUUGCUCUGCUUAUAAAAACUAA